GCAGACUGAGGCUGGUAUUUUUGAGAGGUAAGGGGGUGUGUCUGUGUCCCAUACGGGUAUCUGCCUCACUGAGACUGAGCAGAGGCGGGAAAUGGCGCCUGGUAACACACCGAUGUGUCAUUUCGGAGACGGCCCUUAAGUAGAAAGAUAGAGAAAAACUCGGAUCUGAUCACGAAAACAACCACUGCCUCUGCUGUGAUGGUGAAGUGGUCCUGAGUCAUUAUCGCCAGACGCUGCGGAUCACCGUAAAGUAAGUCAGAAAACGUUAACCUUGCUCGUGCAUUUGUUGAAUCUGGCUCGGUGUUCGUGUAAUAUUUUCUAACGACGAAAUAAAUAAUUUCACUCCCCGUCUGUGCACAUCUAUUCGCCGGGAGCAGUUUUCACGAAGCCUCGGUAGGGUUAACGCUAAGCUAGUCGUGCUAAGCUAAGUUAAAUAGCAACGGCUGGUAAAACACGGCCUAAAGGGGACCCGGCUAAUUCCUGGUCGAGUAGGUGUCUUUAGCUAACUGUGGCUAACUGUAGCGAACCCCCCCCUCUUUUUUUAGAAACAAAGUUAAGCUAUUUCAAACUUCACUCUGUACAUUCACAUGAAACAAGAAGUACAUUUCUGCAGCUUUUAAAAACGGAGUAAAGUUAUUAGUAAUAUUGCAAGGCUUAGUGUUUAACUAUCCUAGAGGCUAACGUCCCUUAUGGCAUUCCUUAACACAAGUUUGCUAGGUUUUCAUGAGCUAACCUUAGCCAUUACUGCCUUAAUUAUUUUCAGCCCGCAGGUAGAUGUUGAGAGAGAUACGUCUGUUUGCCUGGUUCACUUGAUAAAAUACCAUCAUUUGCCUUGUGAGCCGUUGAUAACGUUGACUUAAUCAACAGUUUAUUUGAAUAACAAUGACGGUCGACUGUUAGCUGGCUGUUAAGAUGAACGAUGUCCAACGACUUUGACUGUCAAAUUAGACCAGACUUAAAACUGUUUAGGCGACAAAUUAAGGAGACAGUCGACUCAACCAGUGCAACACUAUCUGCUACAUUUGGUGCAAUAAUGUGCGUUAUUAAAGUUAUUUGUUUUAACGUUAUUUGGCUUAAGUUCAGUCGUCGCACUGGCUUGCUCACAGCAAGUUAGCAUGUUAGGGUUCGUGAUAAAAACUCCGAACUGUAAAAACUGGUGAUGUUCAGCACAAUUGUGUUCGUCUUCAAACUGCUAUUACAUGCUUUAAACAACCUGCAAAUAACUUGAACAAAUAUGAGUGGCACACCUUCCUAACCCCUGACCCCUUGUGGUUCGUUGAGAUAGCGUUAGCUUGAAUCGAGCUAGCCACGGCGUUUUGGUAAUUUUUGUUGCAACUUUUACAAACGCUGAUUCACACGGGAUUGGGGUUUUUCAAUAAAUCAGAUGUUGCAUGUGUCCCAUGUGUUAUUAUUAUGAUUGCUGUAGUCUUCUGCCAUGUUAGCGCUCUCUAGUCUUGGUCUGUUUUUGCAGAGUUUACGGGCCUGACUUGUUUUUUUCCCCCGAUUGCUAACCGUGCUAGCUCGCUCAUACAGUCUCAGUGGCAUGUUCCUAUUUCCCGCUCACUUACUCGUAGCUAGCUGUCUGUAUCCAUGAUCCUUGGUUAGUAGUUGAUUGUUUUGAAAGGUGGUCUGAUAGCAGCUUUAGUACUGCAGACACACAACCAUCGUCAAAGUUUAAUCGAAUAAUUGUAAUCGACACUGAGGUUUGAUUUUUAUACAGCAUCAACAGGGGAAUCCUUGAAUGAAUUGCUUAUUAUGAUGCACAGUGCAAGAGCCAGAAUGGAAAGCGACUAAAAAUAGCAUAAUGUUUAAAUAUCCGGUGAGUUAUAACAAUAUCUCCUGGUUUAACAAUAAUGUAGAAAUCUAAAUGGUAGAUUUAAUAACAACACAAGGAUAAUCACUGACUUUACAGAAGAGGGAUCAGUGCCACUUCGCAGCAUCUGUCACUUUUCCUGAUGUGAUUCCUGGAGAAUUUAAUGAUUCGGAAGUUGGAUCAUUGUAGCCUGAACUGUCAGAGCUAAACUAUCAUAGCUGAUAAAACUAUAUAUUGAAUUAACUUAGACUUUCUUUUUUUUGUCAUUGCACAGAAUAAAACACAGCAGUGAUUCCUCUCUGCAACGAAAUGUCGUUACUUGGCUUCCAUAUCACAGCAUGAUGGUGUUUGAUUUAAUAUACAGAAAUAAUAAAAACUAGGGCCCGACAGAUGUGGAUUUUUGGGGGCCGAUGCCAAUACUGAUUACCGAUUUAUCAGCCAAUUUUUUAAAAUUUUAUGACGUUAUAAAAAAACAUAUAUACUGUAGAUAUCUACAGUAUACUAUAUAAUGUAGAUAUACUGUAGGCUACUGCUCUUCACGCCAACAGGAAGACUGACUGAUCAAACUCGGGCACUGCCGCCGACCGGUGCCUCUGCGUCUUAACUCGCGUUACUCCUUUCCGGUCCGGUCUCAUCUGGCACAGCACAGCGAGGAACAUCGUGAAGUGGGUUGAACUGAAACUUGUUGAUUUAUUGUGUAUUUUACAAGCUGGUUUAUAUACCGUUGAGGCGGACCACUCUCCUCCGUGCGUCCCUGAGCUGCCUGCUUCAGAUCCGUCACUCUGCUGUGCUGUUAGUGGAUGAAGAUUGUCAUGAGGUCACUGCGCCAUCUACAGGAUCUUUUUAAAUGGCGGCACAUUUUCAAAGUGAAACCGAAUCUUAUUCUCCGCAUUUUAUUUCUAAAAAUAUAGGCGGAAAUCGGCGAGUUUUGGCUGAUUACCGAUUAGUCUCAAACGGGCUAAAAUAGGCCAAUUUAAUCGUCUCGCCGAUAAAUCGGUCGGGCCCUAAUAAAAACUAAGGGUAAAAUAGCUGCAUGGUGAGUCAUAUAACACUUUCUGGAGGUAGAGUGGUAGUGGAAUAAAAAACCCAAUAAAUAAAAGUAUAUAUAAAGAUAGAUGUUCUUAUUUACACAAAUGAAAGAGACGAGAUUUUGCAACAGUUGGAAAAGAGACAGAAAGAAUCAUUGUGGGACCAGAAGUUGCUGUCAUGUCUGUAAUAUUUUAGGGAAACAAAGUUGAGAUUUACCAAAAAACAGUUUUGAAAUGAUUCCAGAUUUGUCAAGGUGCUCAAACUUUGCUCUCUGGCCUGUGUAAUAGUGCUGAGCUUUUUGCAGUUAAGUGUGAGGAAAUAAUUUGGGGGGAAAAAAAGUCCACAGACAUCAUUAUGGCCCUUUUCCAGACUAACUUUUGAACUGAAGUCUAAGAUACAGGUGGUGGAACAUUAUGUACCAUGUUCAAACGUCUAGUUUCACAGCAAGUUAUAAGCUAAUUUUAAAGGUCAAUUGAAACUGCUUUACUUUGUCAAACUAUUGUCCUUCAAAGUGUUCGGCAGUAUUAAAAUGCUUUAAAUGAAAUAAACCAGAAAAUAAGAGUCAGAACAUUGACGUCUUCUGACAGUUUUUGUUGGCUUUACAGUAACGAUUGUUCCAUUUACUUUCAGUCUUUUAAUUGUGCAAAUAAGUUUUGUUCUCCUGCAGUUUCAGACAUUUUUUGUGCUCAGCUUAUUUCUCUUAAGAGUAGUAACCAAGUUAUUUUCAAACUCAGUGACAUAUCAGUUUAUCUUACUCCAUAUGGAGUUACCUCAUAAAAUUCAGAUGCACGCCAUGUGCUAUUUCAUUCAAAAGUAACAGUCCCAACUUAAAGGCUGUUCCUACUUUUCUUGCAUGCAUGCCCUUUCUUUUAAUGAUACCAUUUACUUCGACUCUGCAUGAUUAAGUAAAAGCAAUAAACACAGCUUGUGUGUUCAAGCCCUCUGUAGAUGUACAGUAACUACUGUGACAUUUACAGCUUGUGGGAUACUUCACUGUGUGUAUCAAGAGAAUGCUGUUGUGUGAUUAAGGCUCCUGACAGGUUGUGGAUAUGUCCAGACACAUUUUUAGCCAGCUGCUGUUAUGUAAGCAUAAUGGGCUGGCAUGUUUGACUCACAAUUUGUGUUCGCUGUGGACAGUUUCUCAUUCUUCUCCGUGCAAACUCAAGUACAGUACACUGGGGCAUAAAUCCCUCAACUCAUCAGAAUGAGCUUAUUUUCCUGAAUUAAUUAAUGUUUAUGUUGUCACUUUAAAAAUAAAUAAAUAAAUAAAAAACUUUCCCAUGUUGUCAUGUCUUAAGUAUUGUAUGUUUAGGUGAAUUUGCCUCUGUGUUUGUGUGGAUAAAAUUGAUAGAAGGGAACAUAUGAGUGUGUGUGUGUAUAAAAGUCUUGUGCAUUUCACUUUACAAAUGAAAGUAAAGCCAGCUGCGGCUGCUGUGAUCCACUGUGAUGUAAGUGAAAUGGGAUCUUGAAUGCAUCCAGAUGUUUGCAGAAAAACGCACCAGUAUUACUCCACUGCAGAACUAUGGAUAUUCUCAACAACUUCUGCUUAUUGAAAGUUAAGAUAGACAGACUGUCCGAUCAACCUGUUGUUCCACCUCAAAGCUCGAGUAUUUAUUCAAAUGUGUUUCCUUGACCGUACGGUGAUGGUGAUUUCCCUCUCUUUCUUUUUCCUCUAUCUGCCAUCACUCCACAUCGGGCUCACUGAAACAGCCUUACAUGUGACUGCAAAAACAAUGAGGCUGAGAAUGCGUAAGGCGUCUCAGCAGCCGAACCCCAGUCUGGCGAGCCGCCCAUCUCGCACUAAGCGGAGGCACUCCGAAGUUGAAGAAGACACUCCUACCAGCGGAGGGAGGGGCUUGUUCUCAACCAUCAAAAAGUUCAUCAGAGGAAACGCCGUCAAGGUAGCUACCCCAUUGCAUACAUCGUAUGACACUGCUACUAUUUAAUCGAGUUUAAACUGGUAUGAGGGCGGUUUCCCUCCAGAAAACAGUGAAUAAUUGUAGCUUAAGUUCUUGUCCUCCUCCUCUCAGUAUGCCAGUUAACAGCUUUUUGGCACAUUUGUGCCUUCUAAAACUGUAUUCAUGCUGUGCCGCUGCCCAGGUCCCUGAGUUAAAUACAGUGUUUCUUGAUGUAGAGUGUCAUGUUUCCCAAGAAAUGUCUGCAGGAAUGCAGCAGCUUGUCUGAGAACUCUUACUCUGCUCUAAUUUUAGCUUUUGGCUCACUGAGUUGGUGUUCAGCAACAGGAGAUAGUAAAAAGUGAAAAAAUUAACUCUGCAAAAAAAAGAAAAAAAAGCCUCUCCACUUAUUUGUGUGUUAAUUAUUUCUGUAGCCUGUAGCAUGCUGCGUGAUCUUCUAAUCAAAGUAGUUAGAAAGAUUAUGGGAGGAUUAGCGCCUUUUUUAUGAUUAUGUUUAAUGGUUUGGUUACAUUCUAUCAUAGCUAUGAUCUUGCAGGGUCUUCGUAUCACGGCAAAGUUUAGUCAGCCUCUCUGUUUUAUAUUUGAUAAGCUAUAUUUCUGUCAGUGUCUUUAGAGAAGAUAAAGGUGUCAUCCUUAAUAUUUGUCUAUCUCUGAUUCCUGACUCAGUGUUUCUGAAGUCUGAUCUGUUUGUCCACAUUCAGUGUUCAUGAUUUCAUGAUGUUUUGCUUCAUUAAGGUGCAACAGGAGAGCCCAGCCAAGAAGACACGACUCCAUUGCGACGAUGACAACAACUUGAUCACCUCCACAACCCCGAACACCAACACCCCCCGUAAGACUAUCAGCAGGGUCGGCAGGAGAAGCCCCCUCAACGGACGUGAGUGAAACCCGAAAAGACUCAGUGAUAGUCUGUAUUUAACAGUUUUCUUUCUUAUCUCCCUUAAACCUGUUCCUUCUCUUCUCCAGAGGCAACAAAUCAUGACAGGAGUAAGGAGAAGCCCAAUGGCAGCCUGGGGGAGACAACUGCCGUUGAAGUGGCCUCCAGCCCACCAAGGACCACCCUUCUUGGGACCAUCUUCUCCCCUGUUUUUAACUUUUUCUCAACUGCUAAAAAUGGUAAGUAGACCUAGAAGGAGCUGGUCGAUUUCUGACUGACAUGUCAUGGAGAGCUGUGUAUGUUUCUAUCCUGGUGGUGAUCUAUGUAUCAGAUGUGUCGUGAUAGCGCACAGCUCAAAAACCCUCUGUGUGUUUUUCAGCCUCCUCUGGCUCCGACUCUCCAGACCAGGCAUUGGAGGCUGAGGAGAUCGUCAAGCAGCUGGACAUGGAGCAGGCUGUGGAGACCCCCACCUGCACAGCCACAUCCACACAGGAAGUGUGUGCCCCCACUAACUUUUACUCUUGUGUAACACAGCUGCCGCCCCUGAGACCUCCACACAUCCCCGAGGUCUCUCCCACGGUGGUGGAGGGAGAGCUUGAAGCUGAUGCAGACCUGCCCCCCCUCACAGGUAGACUCUGCAGUACUCAUUGUCCUGAUCCCCUAUGAGUUUAAACCCUGGAUUGAGGCAAUGUGGAAAUAUGGCAAACUCACAACUCUGUCCAUUUCCCCAUUUUUAUUUCUGUUUCUUGUUUUCAUUGUGGUCCAAGCUCCAGGUUCAAGUCCAGAUAUGGCAUAUGUGAAUUCUCCUCCUGCUGCAGUACCACCAGAGGCAUCUUAUGAGGAGGACUGGGAAGUCUUUGACCCGUGAGUAAAUCACUGAAGACCAAAAACGCUCGAUUGAACUAAACCAUAUCCUUAGCCAGAAUACAGAUAGUCUGAAACAGUCAGUCCUCAGUUAGCCUAUGGAACAAAAGGUGGGUUACUUCUUGCAAAGUAAGUUGUUGUCUGUAGAAUGAUGAGACAUUUGAUUCAACCAGGUCACGGCUCCAGUGGAAACAAACAUUAUCUAGACCACUAACCUGACACCCCAGCCUACAACAAGACAAGGCUAGCAGCACAUGUUUGACCCCGGUGUUUGUAUUUCUGUGCAAUUGGCAUUGUAGGAAGCAGUCAAAAAGUUAAGAUGGUAGACCACCCGAAUUAGCACAGGAAAACAUCUGACAAACCAUCACUGGAUUUUGUUAUAAGUGGUGCACCAAUGUUAACGGCAAAUGUACAUUUUAUCAGAUCAGAAUGCACUGAUUUGUUUGUCUACAUAAAAGUGAGUGGAAAGGAAAACCUUGAGCUAUAUUUUUUUCCUUCUGUAAUGAACUCAAGCUUAAUGGUGAAUUGACGGAGACCAUUUGUUGCAAUUUGAUUUGAAGGUAUUUCUUCAUCAAACACGUCCCUCCGCUGACAGAAGAGCAGCUCACCCGUAAGCCAGCCCUGCCACUGAAGACACGCAGCACGCCUGAAUUCUCCUUGGUCUUAGACCUGGUCAGUAAUGGGAUUAUGACUUACUUAUGUUUGGUUUGUAGUGAAAAAUAAAAAUGAAAAAAUGAAGUUUUAUUUGAAAAGAUUGAGAAAGAUGUCAUGCCUUUCCUCUCUUGUAUUCAUUAGGACGAAACACUAGUUCACUGCAGUUUGAAUGAGCUGGAGGAUGCAGCACUUACCUUCCCUGUCCUCUUUCAAGAUGUCAUUUACCAGGUGAGUGCUCUGUGGACAGAUCGUUAGAGUCAGUAUAAUGUACCACUAGAGGGAGACAAAGUUUCCUUCCUCACCUGUGCGGAAGGUGUGCAUGUGAUGUGUAACACUUAAAACUAAACUCAGUUCAGUUCAAGGCUUUGUUUGCCAGAAAGUUACACGUUUGUUGGGACUUUAGUCUUUGGCUGUUAAAAAAUCAAGAAUUUAAACAAACGACAAAAACAGCAGCAGCUAGCUCAAAGCAGUAAAUGAAGAGAAGAUGUUAAAAGCUACAUUUUUAAAAGUGCAUAUUAUCACCAUUGUUUGUACAUUUCUUGUUGUUUUAUUGAUAAUCAGUUUGAGCGAAUCUUGAAGGUCUGUUGUCUGUUGUCAUGUGCAGGUGUAUGUGCGUCUAAGGCCGUACUUUAGAGAGUUCCUGGAACGCAUGUCCCAGAUAUAUGAGGUAAGUAUUACAGACCUCCUGCUGUUGAUUUACCCCUAUAGCACCUCUUAAAAAUUCUGACCAUUUUGUUUCUCUUUCUUUUAGAUUAUCCUCUUUACAGCCUCUAAAAAGGUUUAUGCAGACAAACUGCUCAACAUCUUGGAUCCUAAAAAGCAGCUAGUAAGGUACAGACUUAUUUUUGUGAGUUGGUUGUUUUCACGACAAAUUUAAAAGCCUGGGUGGAAAAAAAGGGCUCCAGCAGUUGUUCCUCCCUCCAGUGUUGUCAUGCGCUGCUGUUAAGGUGUCAGUGUUGUGGUUUUUCUGAAUUAUUGAUCGCCCUGACCUUGUCACUGAUUGAUUUUUUUUUUUGUCUCCGCUCCCUCUUUUCUUUCAUCCUCGACUGUAACACUAGACACCGGUUGUUCCGGGAGCAUUGUGUCUGUGUCCAGGGAAACUACAUCAAGGACCUCAACAUCUUAGGCAGAGACCUGUCAAAGACCAUCAUCAUUGACAAUUCACCACAAGCCUUUGCAUAUCAGGUAAAAACUUUUGACAUAGUGUAACGCUACAAAGCAGCACAAAGCAAAAGAAAAUGAAACUGCAAAGGAACUUCCUGGAAAAAUGAGUCUAAAAACAUCUAUUCAGAUUUCCCUGUCAGGGCUUGACACUAACUUUUUUUUCACAAGGAGCACAUGUGCUCCUAAGUUGAAAAAGUAAGGAGCACACAAAGAACUUUAAGGGCACAAUGAAAAUUGAUCGAAUAAUGUGUGUCUUAGUGGUUGACAUAAGUACUAUUAUUUAAAAUCAAUUUAAGGUCUUUUGGUCGUGUGACAUGGAAGCUAUUGAGGAAAAUGUUCAAAAUUUGCCUUUUAAAUUUAACACAAAAUGUUUUAGAGGAUAAAUUAGGGAAAUCAAGAGGUGUGUCUUAUUGGCUGACAUAAGUACUAUUAUUUGGAAUCAAUUUUAGGUCAAUUGGUCACGUGACAUUGAAGCUAUUGAAGGAAAACAGCCUUUUUUGAGAACAUCAACCAGUAAUUUAUUGAUGGUCCCUUAAUCAACAUCCUACGUUGACCGGGGGGGUGGCCGAGUAGAUUUAACCGCGCUACUGUUGCCAUUCACGGUUAUGCAGAGUGAGAAGACACCGGUAGUUCUGCUGUGAAUGUCCGUCGGAUAUCCAACCUAAAACUAACUUCACCAAAAAAGUUCAUUUCGAACCCCGCCAGUGAUCCAGGCACAUUUCCUGCUCAUGUUGUUGACAAUACAAACAUAUCACACAUGUGAUCACAUUUGACAUGUUCUCACCCCAACAGUUGUCCAAUGGGAUUCCCAUAGAGAGCUGGUUCAUGGACAAAAAUGACAAUGAGCUUCUGAAGCUGGUGCCCUUCCUGGAGAAGUUGGUCGAGAUGGUAAGAUAUGGGUGAAUUACACACCGUAUGACCACUUUAAAUCACAUCUGGAUGAUGUUUAACCUUCAUCGUAAGUGGUCGUGAUCUUUUAUCUCUGCCUCUCAUGGUUUCUCCCCCCCUGUUCAGAACGAGGACGUGAGGCCCCACGUUCGAGAGAGGUUCCGGCUUCAUGACCUGUUGCCCCCUGACUGAACUGGACCACCGUCUCUCUGAAUGGGACACCAUAGACAGACUGAAACAACAUGCGUGUAAAAAGCCCUUCUUUGGAUUACAAACUACAACAUUGCCAUUAUACUGUAAAAAUUUUGGCCUUUCUUUUCUUUCUUUUUUUGAACCAACCAUUGCUUUUUAAAACUUUAAAAGGAAAAUGUUUUUGAAUACCUGGGUAUUUAAAAUUUUCUUAAUAUCUAGAUAUAAGGAUGAAAUUACACUCUAUCAAAAUGCCCAGGUAACUCCUCUUUUUGAGUGACUCUCCAGCUGUGGCGACAGACAUUGUCUUCACACGUAAUCCUGCAGUCUUGGUGCUGGUUUAGCGGAUAUGAAUUUGCCCCCAAUGAAAGAGGAACUCUGCCCCGACUGAGUCCCCGAACCUAAACCAAACCCCUGGUGCUCACGCUGUUGACACUGAUAAAUAACGACACUCUGUGGCUACAGACCAUUUUCAGCAGGAAUGACUGGCCUGUAAAUGAAUCUGUGCAUGUGUGUUUGUUUACUCCAAGCCACACACAAACAUAAACACACACAUACACACUGAUUUGGUGUUUGGCAAACCUACAAUCUGUAGCCUUUAAAUCAUAUGCAUUCCUCCGUAGCUGAGUCAAGUUUCUAUUGUUGGUUGCAGUUUUUCUGGUAAAACUGGUGUUUUAUUGUUUUAAAAAAAAAAAAAAGAGAUAGCGUUUCAAAAUGUUUUACUUCUGUUUGUAAGAUAUGAUAUUUUAAAAGGGGUCAUGUAAGUUUUAUUGUAGAUCUUUUUCCUAUUAGGAGAACAUGGGUGCGUGUUAAUUGACAGUCCGCUGCAAAUGAAAAGGAAUCAAUCCAGGACUUAAAGUAUAGUUUGUUCUGAUUCUAACAACUAGAGGUGUGAAUGAAAGUGUUUGCUUCACUGUUGACAUCAUGGCUCCUUAAUUAAAUGUUAGGAUUGAGAAUCUUCUUACCUGUAAAUCUGAUAUAUUGUAAAGGUUUGAGGGCAUUCAUUUUCAAAGUGAUCCGUGUCAACCUUUCUUUAAAAAUAGUAUUUGAUUUUUCAUUUGUCUAUAAUCAGUGUUUUCUUUAACACCUAAUCAAACAUACUGGUUAAGUCAGAGCAGUUUCUUUUAGUUGUAAUGUGUAAUUUGAUUGCUAUAUCAGUAGCGUUAUGACUAAUGUAGCACAUCUCUGCCAGUGUGUCAUGAAGUCUACCCAUGGUAGGAAUCUAUGGCCAGAUCCUGUACCAGCCAUAUCUGGCACCAGCAACAUACUGUUCAGUCAGCUUGGCUGGCUGCUCCUCUACCUGUUUCACAUGUUUUUAUUUUGUACUCAUUAUUAGCUUUUGUGUUUUUCUUUUUUUAUGUUUAGUGCAGUUUAAAGCAUUUUUUUUAAGAAUGGUAACUAUAUGAAUGUGUAUCUGUCCAACUUCAGCCUGGAAAAUUUCAGCCAAACUGACGUUUUACUACCCCACUGUUGUUUCAACUUGAGUUACGUGAAAGUAAAACAAGAAGAAAGCAGAGACAGAUGCUUUGGAAACAUAAAUUGGAAGAAACAGACAAAAAACUCGAGUUAACUUGAAGCUCCCUGAUGAUUUGGCAUGCAUUGGUGAACCUUUUUAGAGUUAGGUCAAUUUGAAUCAAAGUCCAUUUUAUGUUGAAUUAAAUCUCAGUGUUUGGAUUUGUCUGGGUUGCCUGUACAGUGCCAUAAGAAUCUCUUCCUCAUAAGCCCCUCCCCUUAUUUCCCAAAGUCCCACUCCCCAGAAAUGCAGACUAGAGAGAGACAAUCAGACCUCAAAGCUCUUGCAGAUACUCGAACAUAAACGUGCCCAUCUUUAACCGUAGUCUCGUAACUGUGGAGUCCCGUGAUUCCAUCGAGUCACACCCAACCUUGAGUUUGUCUGCAGGUCAAUCCUGCUGUGCCCGGCCCAAACAAUCCCUGCUGCUCACUUUGAAAGCAGGUUCUGUUCAGAGAUGGUUUCCAUCUGUUCAGCAUCUGUUCAUCUUCACCUUUUUUGUUGUCAACAGAAGUUAGUAGCUCUCCAGAAAUUAGAAUUAGUUUGUACUCAAAUAAACAUUGUUACAGGGCACAAUAGUGUUUACUCUGACGCGAUGUUAAGAGUGCACAUGUCCAGACUAUGAAUGUAAAUUGUACAUGGGGAGGGGGUAUCUUAAGUCUUUUCUAGAUUCCUUAUUGUGUUCUUUCCUCAACAACAAGAACAAAUAGACAGGGGCAAGACGGCAGCUAACUUCUGCUGUUCAAAUGUUGAAGAGGAGGCAAGAACAAUGUGUAUGGAAGAGGAAGUGCUUAAGGCCCCACCAUGGUUUUCCCCUUCCCCAUCCCCCAUGCCCUCUUACCAUCCUGACUGCCAGCCUUCAGUAUGCAAGCCUCACCCUGGGAAUGAUGUAGCGUGGGUGUGCUCAUCUCCUCAGUGAGCUGCUGAUGAUGUAAAAUUAUCAGCCAUGGCUUGUUUUUGAAGGAUCAGUAUGAGGCGUUAUAUACUUUUCAUCCAGCUCAUUUUUAUGUGCAUUACCAUACUAUUGUACACUGAGUGUUGUACAAUACAUGCAGCUUCAUGUUUAAAAAAUCCUUAAAGUAAGGAAAAUCUUUUGUAUUUUUGAUUUCAAAAGGCAUGUCAUAUCUACUUUUUAAAUGUAUUAAUGAAGAUUUAACUUACUUCAGAUGGAGUGUUUUUUUUUUUUCUUAAAAAAAUAUCUGUAUGUUUAGUUUAGCAAAUGUUACUGAACUGUUAAAUUUAGCAUGUAGAGAAAACAGCCUGCUUUGUAGGAAAGUCCUGAAUUAAAUCUUAAUCAUGGCACUUUUCUGCAGAAAAGAGCAAUCGUGUUAAUGAUUUUUUUUUUCAAUAUCCGUUAAGCCAUUUACUUGCAAGAAUUGCUAUUUGUGCUGAAGAUGUAUUUAAAAUGUUUUAAGACAUCUUUGUUAGCCACCAGGCUACAUGCUAUUGUAAAGUGUACAUACAGUUACAUUGAAUUUCUGAAACAAAGUUUUAAAGUUAAGAACCUCUUGCA